GGAAACUUCGGUAGUUUUGCAUGCAGAAUCCGGGGGUAUGCAGGGAAUAGUAUGUCCAGGGUAUUAGGAAGUCAGGUAACUUCCUCAAAACACUAAAUUGUGCUCUGCGAGCUCUCAUAAUCGACAAUUACUAUUCACCUAUAAUCAACAAUGGACGCCGCAGGGGCAGGUGUAUCCCCUUCAAUCUCGUUCUCUGAGGACGGCGACUACGUUGCUCAAAUCAGUGGCAAAGAAUUGGCCGUUCACUUGACUCCUACCUCUACAGACUUCAAGGAAGUCCAGGUUGUCAAACUCAAGGAGAAUUCCUCCAAGUUUCUCAAGUUCUCCCGCUCCAAACCGGUCUUGCCGUCGAGCACACACUCCUACGGGGGUGUGAGCUUACCGGAGAGACGCCUGUUGUGCGCGAGCGAUGCCCGAGUCUCCGUCUGGCAGUUGAAUUCGCUGCAGCUGCUCGCGGAAAUCGAGAGCAUCGAGCCGAAAGCCACCUAUGUCGACUUCGGUGGUGAUGAGAACGAAAUCAUUUAUUUCCACGCGUGGAAUACCAAGGUCACCGUCUUUGGGCUAGAUACUGGCCGCAGUCAGGUCAUCCGAGCGCCCAAAUUCUCAAAUACUAAUGGGUUCGCCUAUCGACCGAAGACUCGGCAGCUGGCGAUUCUUCUCAAGCCGGAUGCCGCUGAUCUCCUAACAAUCCAUGAGUUCGGCUCUUACGAGCUGAUCGGGCGGGCGAUCCUGCCGACGGUGGAUGCUCAGGGCUUAAAGUGGAGUCCGGAUGGAAGGUGGAUCACCGUGUGGGAUACUGCGAGUGCGGGCACCAAAGUACUCAUCUUCACGGCCGAUGGUCAGCAUUUCCGAACGUAUACUGGGCUACCAAACUCCGACACAUCUUUCGAUCUGGGUGUUCGAAGUGUCGAGUGGAGUACUGUUUCCAAGGCACGCGGUGCCUCGGAGCUUCUGGCCGUUGGAAAGGUGGAUGGAACGGUAGACAUUCUUAACACCAGAACUUUCUCCCGCUCCGCGACCCUCUCACAUGUAUUCCAGGUUGAUCAGAAUUCCGCCAGCAUCUGGAGAGAGCGAGUGAGUGAAGAUGGAACGCUCGAAUAUGCCGAAGCAUCGGGUUUCUCGGCAUUUGAUGCCAAUGCGGACUUAUCUGGACCGCCUCGUGGUGUGGCAAUCAUGUCUUUCAGCGCUGGCGGCACCCUUCUCAGCACUGUCGACCAAACACGGCCAAACAUCGUCUGGAUCUGGGAGUUGGAGUCCACUCCGGCCCUCCUGUCUGCUCUUGUCCACGAACACACAGUCAGACAAGUAGUAUGGCACCCUACGAAGGCGCAGCUACUCAUCACCACUGCCAAUACUGCAUACUCUGCCGUUCGCUACUGGUCACCCUACAGUCAGCCUCUGGCAGUUCGCAUUCCUAUCCCUCGAACCGAAACCGGAAAAUACGAUACGAAAUGGCUUUCGACAGAUGAUGACGAUGACUCGAGGUUCUGGUUCGGUACCCCAGAGGACUACGUGCUUGGCUACAUCGAAGGGAUGGACGAUAAGCCACAAUUCCAUGUGCUUAAUACAAUCCGCAGCAAGCUCGCGGCGAGUGCCUCCGCUUUUGCUGCGACUCGAUGAUUCGAAGGGAGUAUCGAAGCUACGGCGUGACGAUCUAUGCUUUACGAAAGUGAAUUCGGUAUUCUGAGCGAC